GUCCACGACUCGCGAUGCGUGCUGAUCUUCAUCACUAAACCAGAAGGAAUAUUUGCGCAAAUGACAAUGAACUCCCUUCUCUACAGCAAACACGCGAAGGCGAAUGCAGAGAAGAGAGGAGAUCACAGAAGACAGAGAGGAGAAACGCAUGCAAGCUGUUGGGGAUUUUGAUGUAGGGUACAGCCCCCUGGGUGCUCUCAGCACAGGUUGUCCUCUAAAGGGAUUAUGCCUGCAGUCCUACAAUGCUGCUACCCUCAGGUUGGCUGCUUCGGCACUGUGUGGUCAUGUGGUUGCUGUUUCACAGCUUAGUGCUGAUGACACUAUGUUUCCAACAUGCUGCGACUUCCUGCUCCAAGCGCUGCUACUGUUCAGACAAUGAGGACGCAUUUGGUGGUAAGGCUAUGCGCUGCAGCAACCUGCAUCUUACUGAGAUCCCUCAGGAUAUUCCCAAUGACACACAACACCUCUACCUGGACUACAACCUCUUGACCAGCAUCCCUGCCAAUACUUUUCAUGAUCUUCCAAUGCUAGCUGAACUGGAUCUUUCCCAUAAUGAACUGGCUUUGCUUGAACCUGGAGCUUUUAGAGGUUUGGCAGCCUCUCUACAGUUUCUGGAUCUCUCAUCCAACCAGCUCACAACAUUGGACCCUGAUGCCUUUGAAGGUGUUACAGCAAGAUCUAACUUCACUGGAAACCCCUGGCACUGUGACUGCAAGCUGCAGACAGCCUUUCCACACCUGGACCUAGAGCCUACAUCUUUGACUGGUAUUAUCUGUCAGACAUCUGAACCCUCAGACUCUGCAGCCCAAGGUGUGCCUUUCCUGCUGGCCAAAGACCUGGACCUGUGUGUGGUGCUCAAAAAGACCACGGACGUGGCCAUGUUGGUGACCAUGUUUGGAUGGUUCACCAUGGUCAUCUCCUACCUGGUCUACUAUGUGAGACACAAUCAGGAAGAUGCCAGGCGCCACCUAGAGUAUCUCAAGUCUCUGCCCAGCAGGCAGGGCAAGUCUGAGGAGUCUUCCACCAUCAGCACUGUGGUAUAGUGCCAUGACAUGUGGAGGAAGCUUCUCAGGCUGCCAAAAAGCAAUGGGCACACUGGACAAUGGGCUACUGGACUUAAAAUCAUUGGAAAAACAAAGAAUAAUGGCUUUGUAUCCUUGAAUCACAGACCAUUCACUUCAAGAUAGCACUCAGAAUUGAUCAAUACCCUCCCAAAGGACAAGGGAGAACUUCUGACAUAGGAUGCUUCAUGGUCAGUGGAGUGCAAUGUAUACAACAGGGGAAUGUGAAACAUAUCAUAUAAAACAUCCACAGACAUACACAUGGAAAGAGAUGACUGGAGAGGGAAAUCACAAGGUCCAUCUAAUCCAAUUCAGAUGAAUAAUUGAUUCAGAAAUGUCUGAGCUUGAGGCUCCUCUUGACUAAGAGGUCUGUCUGCUCUGCCUGCUUUUAAAGUAGGCGUUGUCUGUUUUUUAUUUUUUUUCUUCAUCCAGUGUUUCUUUUUUCAGCCAGAUCCCCAUUUAGCAGGCAACACAUGGAGCGUAAAGCACUCAUCCUACUGGGUAUUUACAAAAAGUACUGUUGUUGUCCCUGCAGGCAAUAUCAAUAUUUUACAGAUAAACAAAUUCUUGAAUGCAUCAGUGAUUUUCAUGUGUCUCACUAAACAUAGUAUACUGUGCAGAUGUAAAAAGCACUGUAGUUUGCUUUGAUACUCAGUGGUUAGAUUUUUAGGGGAGCACAGAAAAUGGCUUGUUAUUUUCUUCAUGAAUCCUUCAGUGUUAAUGACGCUGUGACUUAAAAGAAAUAAACAGGUUAACUUGUUAUUUUUGUGAUCAGUCACUGUAAGAUAAAUCACUGUAGUUGUUUCUAGGGAAAACACCCUUAGACGCUUUAAGAAAAUGAUUUCAAAUGUUUCAGAACUUUUAUGUUUAAAGAUAAUGAGGUGAUGUUGAACACCACAUGGUGUGUUUGCAUUGUUAGAGUGCAUCCUUGAUAUGUCACAUCCAAUACUGUGUGAUUUUUCAGUUUCUAAUGUGGAGUGCCAGCAAGAAUAAUUCAGAAUGCUUGCCAAGAUAAAUCAUAAAUUGAAAUCCACCUGAAUGUGCAGCCUGUGUGAGUCAAUAUCUUCAAAGAUUUACGAGACAUGUCCGUAAAUUUCGAAAAUACCGUUUUGUUAAUCCUUUACAAAAGGCAGUGAAGGGUGUCAUGGAAUUCAUCAGAAAAAAGGUUGACUCCAAAACCUAAUGAGUUUCCGACCAAGACCUUUUAAUGUAUCAUAGGCACCCCUGACAGGAAAGUUGUU